CUAAGGGCUGUGUUCCAAUCACCACCAUUUCUUACUGUGUAGGGCAGGUGUACUGUUCGGGUUUCAGUAAUUCGUAGACCUCAGCGUGGAGCUCGGAAUCAUAAAAUCCCACAAUGCACCUGUGCUGUUCAGGAUAGUGGAGUCGGUUUGGGACGCGUCCAGGCUGGACGACACUAUGUUGGUGUUUAUGUGACGGAAUGUGGGAGCACCGUGACACAAUGGUGAACAAAAAUCGUUAAUCCGUUGAUAAAAUCCGUAACGUGAGCGUCACUCUCUCACGCGCACACACACAAACGGUGCUCGUGACUGUCAGAUGUAGGGAAUAGUGUGUAGGGAUUAGGGCGCCAUUUGGAACGCGACGCACAAAAAGCAUAACAUGGACUAGACACGGACGCGCUCGUGCCUCUGCACCGGAGUCAAAAGAGAGAAUGUGGCACUCGGUAACGGAGGCGUGCCGCGGCCUCGCGCUGUCCGUGUGGCUCGUGUCUCUGUGUUUGGUGCACGCGCCGUGCCUGGACUUCGCGGCAGAGAAGGAGGAGUGGUACACGGCCUUCGUCAGCGUCACGUACGUGGACCCGGUCACAGCGGAGCUGCGCACCGAGAAGAGCGAGUGCGGCCACUACGGAGAGCACUCUCCCAAGCGCGAUGCCAAAGGCUUGCUCGCCACGGCGGUGUCGGCGCGCGAACGCCACGCCUGCGACCCCAACACGCGGUUCGCCGUCCCCGACCAAGCUAGCGCGUGGAUCGCCCUGGUCACGCGCGGAAACUGCACGUUCAAGGAUAAAAUACGCCACGCGUCCGGGCAGAACGCAUCCGCCGUGGUCAUCUUUAAUGUCGGGGCUUCCAACGCCAACGAGACCGUCACCAUGCCACAUCCGGGUACGGGUGAUGUGGUAGCGAUCAUGAUCCCCGAGCACAAAGGACGCGAGCUGGUGUUGCUUCUAGAGCGGAACGUAACGGUGAACAUGCACAUCACCAUCGGGACACGCAACCUGCAGAAGUAUGUGAGCCGAACCUCCGUUGUCUUUGUCUCCAUCUCCUUCAUCGUCCUCAUGAUCAUCUCACUGGCUUGGCUCGUCUUCUACUACAUCCAGAGGUUUCGAUAUGCUAAUGCCCGAGACCGCAACCAGAGGCGACUCGGUGAUGCAGCUAAAAAGGCCAUCAGUCAGCUCCAAGUACGGACCAUCAGGAAAGGAGACCAGGAGACGGAGUCAGACUUUGAUAACUGUGCAGUGUGUAUCGAAGGCUACAAGGCCAAUGAUGUCGUGCGAAUUCUCCCCUGCAGGCAUGUGUUCCAUAAAGGUUGUGUGGAUCCGUGGCUGGUGGACCAUCGCACAUGUCCCAUGUGUAAAAUGAACAUCCUGAAAGCGCUCGGGCUUACGUCGAGUGCAGAGUGCCUGGACGAGCUCCCACUGGACUACGACCUGGCUGUCGGGGGUGUGGCCCUGAAUGCCAUGGUACAGAGUGAUGAUGUCCUUGUUGGUGAUAUCACAGGGGGACGUGACCCUGGGGUCAGGAUGGUGGGUCUUCCUCAGGUCCUCCUGGACUCGGAGCCCAUCACGGAGGACACCUUGCUGACUGAGCAGAGUGAACUGCAGCCAAUAGCGAGCAGCAGUUCAGAAGCAUCGCUCGCUGCAGGGGCGGGGCAGUAUGACAUGGCCACGCCCACAGACACAGCGAAAUGCCGACUGGGCAGCAGCCUCGGUCACUCCAACCACGGAUGCACGGAUUGAGUCGCCCCCAGCAAUGACAGAGUAGCCAUGGCAACAGGUGACGCUGACUGAGCUUCCAGUGGAAUCUCCUAGCCGAUGACAUCACACUAUGACAUCACUGCCUGCUGCAUUCCUACCCUUUACUCUUUCUGUGUGUCUGGUGUUUGAGGAGGAGAUACACCAGUUCCUCUUUCUCUGUUGAUUUACUCCAGAGUGUACACUCGAGUGCCGUAUAUUCCGGACUAUAAGACACUGAAACUCCUCAUUCAGCUGAGCGAUGUUACAUUUAUACGUCAAAUAUGCAAGAAACCAACACAGAAUAGUUUUAUUUUACUGCACUAGUCAAACUGUUAAACUGGGAGGCACUGGCUAUAAUCUUUUAAUCCAAGUUGUGCUAUUGAUUAGAUUUUGCUUUAGUGGAAGGUUUAAAGGGGAAGUGUUGACCGAGGUGAAGGACCCCUCAAGACACCAUCUUGGGUUUAGCAGUGUUUAGCUGCUAAUACACUCUUUACUUAUUUGCUUGUAUAUUUUAUUAAGAAAGCUUUCUGAUAGCUAUAGAAACUUGACAGGUCCACAGUCAAACACUAGCCAGCUAGCCUAUCUAGCUAUUUAUCUUUAGUUAAUGCAGACGAGUGGCAGCCUCUCGUAACAGCAAACUAAAGCAAGCCAGUUAGCUUUCAUUUUUAAAAGUUUUUUUUUUUAAAUGAUCGUUUCCUCUUCAGUUCAUUUCAGUCAGGUGCAUAUGUGUGAUGUCACAUGACCUGUGUCUAAGUUGCUUAGCCGACCACUAAACCAACAGGAAAUAUGUUGAUGACGCAAACCAGCACAGUUAGCUAAGUACAAAUAUACUGGUAGUUUGAAACUAGCAAUGCUAACAUAACAGAAUUCAGUCAGUUUUUCGCUGCAUAGCAUGAGGUCAAGUCUCUACAGCUUCCUUGUUCUGUUCUACAUAUUCCCGUUAGUUAAUAAACACAUAUUUAACAUAAAUCUCGCCUUAAUUCCACAGGUUAGCUAGAGUUAUUUGCGAACUCUAGAUUGGCUGCGCUUCUCAUAUGUAGGUCUUGUGACAUGUAUGGGUUUUAUGCUAGUGACUAAUGUUUGAACUGCUAAAGCAGUGUGUAGCUCGGCAGGAGGAUUGCUACGUCCCCUGUAGCAGGUUUUAUAGUCCGGAAAAUACGCUACGCUACUUAGUUUUCAGCAGACAAUCGGCUUUCGCUGCCUUUAAGUCCCCCUUGGAAGUGUGUGCUUUACGAGGUUGAAGUCGUGAGGUAUGAUGGUUGUGUUCAAAUGAUUGUAGGUAGAAACCAAAUGGCUGCUCUGGAUGAACAAAAGUCAAGAAGUGUAUUUAUUCCGUUUAGUACAAUUCAGACAAGAUUAGAUUUCAAAUCUAAACUCGUCUGAAAAAAGUUCCCACCCACAUCUACAUCUAUAAUUUCUUCAAAUUAUGUUGAAUCAUUUUAUUGAUAUUUUUAGAAAAAUCCGGCACUAAUCUCGUAAUUCAGACAUUUCCAUCAGGACUUGAAGACUGCACUCGUUCUGCUCGACAAUCAGCUCGUUUGUCCAUUCCUACAUGGAAUUUUUUCCAUUCCAUCUUCUCCUGAGCCGAGUGGAUUGAGGAGGGAAAAAAAAAAGUCUCCAGGACAUUUUAACUGGGAAAAAGAGCAGUGUUUUAUUUUUCUAUAGAAGUGCAUUUGAAGUGUGGACGAUUGGACGAGUGUAGUGUUCAGAGACGAUGCGGGACGAGCAAAACCGCCUCGUAGUGGGAAAAAAAAAGACUUCAAACUAGUGACUCGAGAGUUCUUUGCUCGUGUGAGAUUUUUUUCUGUUUUCAGAAAGUGCUCUUGACCUUGCGGACCACAGCAUUUCAUACGCCUCGAGCAUGACGGCAAGCCUUUGCACACGUGUUUGUAUGUGAGUGGAUUUCAUUGAACUUUGUAUCUUUUUCCUCCGCACGAUAAUUUUAUUGUAUAUUGUAAAUAGAAGCAUUUUGUCAAACCCA